ACCACCUCUACCAACUCCCACGCCCGCUCAGCCGCUGCCGGUGGAGCCCGGUCCAGCGACCCCACCCGUCAAGCAGCCAGAUCGGGGGUGCCGCCCGCGGGGCGGGGGCUGGCGAAUCUGUCCCCACGAAUCCCGCGCACAGAGGUGAUCCGCUGCGCGCGGGACCAGCGUUCGCCCCGGGCCCGCCUGUCAACGGGCGCUGCUCGGGGGCCUAUUCGUUUCUUUCACUCACUGACUGAUGCCGCCCGCCCGGUUACCAUUUCUUGUAGCUGGCGCUAUAUAGGCGCCGCGCGCACGUUGGCCGCAUUCCCAAGCCCGGGAUUUGAGGGAGAGGAGGGAUUUGUCGAGAGAGGGAGGGGCGCGAUUCGCUGCUCUUCCUCCAGCCUCCUACUGCUCGCCUCCGGUGUGGGGGUGCGCUGCGGUGGGCGGAGGGGAGGCCAGGGGAUCGAGAGGCGAACCGAGGAAGGAAAUGGCGGCGUGGACCUCCGUGGGCCUGGUGGCGGUGGCCGUGCUGGUCGUCGGCAUCGCAAUGCCGGCCUCAGCCGCCGUGCAGCCGCCCGCGCCCGCGCCCUCCAGCGACGGCACGUCGAUUGAUCAGGGGAUCGCAUACGUCCUGAUGCUGGUGGCCCUUGUGCUCACCUACCUCAUCCACCCGCUGGACGCGUCCUCCCCAUACAGGCUCUUCUAAUCUAAUCAAUAAUUCGGGUUGUACCUGUAGAGGUAGCUAGCAGCUGUGCGAUGAUGAUUUAGGUGAGUGUGUGUGUGUGGUGUUCUAUUUUUGUGUGCGCGUCAGAUGAUUAUGUAUGGACAUGUUUGGUGGUGGCAUGAUUCUGCCAUCAUGUGAGUGUUUCGCUAUUUAGUUCA